UUAGAUGCUGUAGUCUUCCUAGCGAUUAAGUUUCUUAGGGAGAAAAAAAUACAAGGGAGGAAAAAAUGCUAUUUUAUCUUUUAACUUUUUUAAAGCAUUAGGUCAUAAAUUAUGGUAUCUUUCUAGAUAAUGCUGAUAAAUAGAGAACUAGCAGAGAAUAGUAAUUAGAAUUUUGUUUUUAACUCAAGGUCUCACGGAGGCCAGGCUAGCCUCUGCUCACUGUGUAGUUCAGGAUGACCCUGGACUUUGGCUCUUUCUGCCUCUGUCUCCCUCCUGAGUGCUGUAUUAGCGGUGUGACUACUAUGCCUGGUCUUUGACGUACUGGACACCAAAGUUACGGCUUCAUGUAUGCCAAGCAUGCACUUCGCCGACUGAGCCACAUCUCAAGCUAAAUUAGGUUUUAGGUGUUUCUUUUUAUAUCUUUCUUCAUGACUUCAGACAAUGCCGACAUAUUUCAUUUAAUAAUGUGAUGAUAGGUUUUCAGAAGUUUAAUGAAGUGUCAUCUUUUUUGUUUAUUUAAAAAUACUGAUAGAAUGACUAUUUGAAAAAGAAACAUUUCAUGUGUGUCUAGAUCAUAGUGGAGAGAAGGGGAAAAACAAGUUUUAAAGAUCUUAAACACUGAACGUAGUCUGGUUUGGAACUCAUUUGGUAAGGUUUGGUACUGUGCAUCAACAUUAAAAAAAUGAGUGCAAACUAUAAGAGACAUCCUAGACAAUUCAGGGUAUAAAUGAGGUGGAGAGAUGAGCUCAGCAUUGUGAGCCAUUUGCUGAUUCUUAGAAAGGGGAUACAGUGGUGGGCAGAGCUUCCACUGCACGCUCACCAUUAGAGGAGCAGAAAGAGGGCUUUAUAACCAAGUAAGUGUGCGUGGGUGAGGGGCAAGGCCCUGCUGAUAAAACAUCUGUGUUUAGGUGAAGCCCAAAGUGCUCCGUAAGUUAGGAAUGAAUCCUAACUUUGAAAUAUCCCAAGCACUGAGUGUGUCUCUGUGGUUGCAGGCUAUAACGAUGAUCCCGAGAACAGGUGCUAGAGAAACAGCAGUUGGGAUUUUCCAUUCUUGGUACAACCAGUAAGAUUAUACAGGGACACUGGGACUCCCUUGAAGAAUCACUUCUUCCAACAGUAAUAAUGACUCAAACUACUUGUCAUAGAUAAGCCAUCUUUUAAAACACACAUCAAGAAGUUUGUUUUUUUUUUUUUUUUUUUUUAAGCUUUAAGCAGAGUAACAUUGAAAGAAAAGCACGUUUAGGUAGUUUAUAAUGUAAAUGUGAAAACCAAAGUCAAAGAGAAAAUAGCAAAAAUAGUGAGAGACAAAACAUCCACCUGUGAAGGGGCAAUUACCAGUUUGCCAGUAAAGAAACUUUUCAUUUUCUCUUUGUAUCUUCCCUUUCCAACUGGAGCAGCAGCUAUGUGGGAGCACUUGCUUCCAAGGCAGCCUCAUUGGCUUCCGAGUGUCCUGAGGCUAGGGCAGCCCAGCAGUUUUGACAAGAGGCUGACAGGAGGAGCCAUGAGAAGGAGGGCUAGCUGAACAGAAACACUGCAUUUUCUCUUGAAGGAGAAGCUAAAAGAGAAUGGAAUGAUAGCAGUGGAAAGAAAGAAAGUCGAAGGAGAGGAGCCAAGAUACAGUUAUACUUGUUCUUAAGGCCAUACAGUCUCCAGGCUGCCUGUGUGGAAACAGGACACAGUUAGACUUGUUCUUAAGGCCAGCUUGGUCUCUGUACUGCCUGUGUAGCUAUGAAAGAACAGUUACAACCAGAUCACGCCUGAGUAAGACAUCAUCUCAAAGAGUUUGUCGGACAAAAUCCGUAUAUUGGGAAACUGAUAUUUUUUUAGGAAUGUAAGGUUGCUUUAAGCUGAAGAAAAGCAAUGAAAUUAUAUUACAUACAUUAAUAAGAAUGGAAGAAAAGAGAAAAAAGAAUAGGAGGGAAGAGUUAUGGCCAGUUAAUAUAAAGAAUAAACUAGAGAUCUGCAAGGAGAGGUUUCUGUAGGACCAGGCUUCUCUGCUCCCUCCUGACUGAGCAGUGCAGCCAUUUUCUUCAGAAAGCAGCUUACUGAUGAGUUACGCAGCCAGCCUCACUGAGCGCACUCUUGUUGGUGUUAUUUGAUAAAAGGUCUUAUUCCUGACUGGUACUCCAGUGAGAAUGUGUGUGCUUUUUAAAAGAUUUUUUUUCUUUAUAAAUUGCUUUGCUUGUUUCCAUUUUUAUGAUCUGGAAGUUUAAGCAGCAGUAAAAGUACCAGUCUUUUAAAGUUGUGGAGUAAUCUGCUGUAAAAUCCUCAGGCUGUUGGAGACAUCUGUCUCUGAUUCAUUGGUUUAGGGUUGGUUUUUUUUUUUUUUUCUUUCCUAGGCCCCCAAAAUUUCAGUAAACUUAGUAAAGGAGAGAAUUUGGGAAAUAAGAUUGCUAUAAAGGAUGUUGGAAGUUUUAAAUAGGAAACAAAAUGGUAAAUUUUGGUGAGGAAAGAUAUAGGGAUAAUCAAAUUGCUCAAAGUAUCUAAUGGGAUGGAAUACUAGGAAGUUCUUCAAUCAUUAGGAGGCCAGGAAGAAACAACACAUAAUGUAAAAAUGACAGAAGCAACAUGUGUGGCAAUCCUUUUAGGAGUCGAAGAUUGUCAGAAGGCAUGGAAAGUGAAAAGCAUAACCUUAGGCCUGCAUGCGUGUUCCACAAAGCCGGACCCACACAGCCAUCAGGGAUGGCUGACUGUUUCUUCUCCUCAUACAAGCUCAAUCUGAAAUUGAAGCAUCCGUCUCCGCCAGAAACAUCAGAAGGCUGCUCAGUUUCCAGCGGUAUCUCAGAUCCUCACGAUUUUUUCGGGGUGCCACAGUUUGUAGAUCUUUAAAUAUUUUAGAUGAGGAUUACAAUGGACAAGCCAAGUGUAUGCUGGAAAAAGUUGGAAAUUGGAAUUUUGAUAUCUUUCUGUUUGAUAGACUAACAAAUGGAAAUAGUCUAGUAAGCUUAACCUUUCAUUUAUUUAGUCUUCAUGGAUUGAUUGAGUACUUCCAUUUAGAUAUGGUGAAACUCCGUCGAUUUUUAGUUAUGAUUCAAGAAGAUUACCACAGUCAAAAUCCUUACCACAAUGCAGUCCAUGCUGCAGAUGUUACCCAGGCCAUGCACUGUUACUUAAAGGAACCUAAGCUUGCCAAUUCUGUAACUCCUUGGGAUAUCUUGCUGAGCUUAAUUGCAGCUGCCACUCAUGAUCUGGAUCACCCAGGUGUUAAUCAGCCAUUUCUCAUUAAAACCAACCAUUACUUGGCAACUUUAUACAAGAAUACCUCAGUCCUGGAGAAUCACCACUGGAGAUCUGCCGUGGGCUUGUUGAGAGAAUCUGGUCUGUUCUCACACUUGCCAUUGGAAAGCAGGCAUGAGAUGGAGGCUCAGAUAGGUGCUUUGAUACUAGCCACGGACAUCAGUCGCCAGAAUGAGUACCUGUCAUUGUUUAGAUCUCACUUGGAUAAAGGUGACUUACACCUUGACGAUGGCAGACAUAGGCAUUUGGUUCUACAGAUGGCCUUGAAAUGUGCUGAUAUUUGUAACCCAUGUCGGAACUGGGAAUUAAGCAAGCAGUGGAGUGAAAAAGUAACGGAGGAAUUCUUCCACCAAGGCGAUAUAGAAAAAAAGUACCAUUUGGGUGUGAGUCCACUUUGUGAUCGUCAGACUGAGUCUAUUGCCAACAUCCAGAUUGGUUUUAUGACUUACCUAGUGGAGCCUUUAUUUACAGAGUGGGCCAGGUUUUCAGACACGAGGCUGUCACAGACGAUGCUCGGACACGUGGGGCUGAAUAAAGCCAGCUGGAAGGGACUACAAAGACAACAGCCUAGCAGCGAGGAUGCCAGUGCUGCAUUUGAGUUGAACUCACAGCUAUUAACUCAGGAAAAUCGGUUAUCAUAACCCUGAACCAGUGGGACAACUUCCCUCCUGCAAGAUUGUGGAAAUGUGAAAUGGUCUUGAGUUGAAGAACUGGUUCUGACUGCUGAGGUUUCCAAGGAAAUGAUGUCAGCGUUAUUUAUCAAGAUUAUCUUCUGUUGGAUCAUUUGAGCCCAUUUUUUAAUAGGACAUGAAUAUAUAGCAAUAUGCAUCUGGCUUUUGUAUGAAACCUUAAGUAUGUAAAGCUCAGCAGGAGAACCAGAAAGGAUUAACAAAGGAAGAUGUUUUUAGGUGUGCCAUGUGCUUUCAAAGUGUGUAUUCUUCAAGCCCUGAAACUUGAACUCAACCUCAGCAGCAAUCUUGAUGCAACCAGUCCAAUCCAACAGCGCAUCUGUCCCUUCCACUACUCUGAGAAAACAGAAAUGUGAAGUGCCCAGCCUCUGCUGCCUCUGGCAAGAAUCAAUCAAUGUUUACAAAUCCAAUCUGAAAUAUUGGUUCUAAUUGCCUCGAGCAUUAUUGUGAAGGAACCACUGACCGUUCUCAGCUGAGCUGGAGACUGCAGCUCUUCGCAGCGUUUGCCUUUUCUUCUUUGGAUGUCAAUGUCAUCAACGCCUCCCACUUGUUUUGUUCUGUGCACUGGAGUCUGAGCAUUUACCACAGAUACCACAUGAAGCUUUUCACUCCAGGGCUGUUUGGCAAUGCAGAUUCCUUUUGUAACUAUUAGUUUUUAACCUGGGGUGGGAGGGAAGGGACACCAAUGUCCUAGCUGUGUUCUGACUCUGCAGUGAAGACACUGCAUGUUGUUUUCACUACUGUACACUUGACCUGCACAUGCAAGGAAAAGGUGGAAUGUUUAACAUGCCGUAUCAGCUCAGGGUACUUGCCAAUCAGAAAUAAAGUGGGAUAGGGAAGUGUGUCUUUCAAAUCAAGGGUACUAAAGGCCCUUCCGCUGCAGUGCGUGAGAGGUAUGUUGUGUACGGCUGUAUGGGUGUGUGUUUGCGCGCAUGUUUGUGCAUGUAUGGCUGUGCAUGUUCUGUCCAUCCGUGUGGGAAAGGAUUAGAAUUGUAAGCUUUUAUUUAUUGUUUUAGAAUGUGACAUAGUGAGCAGCCACACUUGGGGGAGGGGAAGGUAGGUGAAGCUGUAAGAUUGCUCCAGAUGCCUUAAACUAUGCACAAAGCUAAGUGACCAAACUUCUCAUUUUGAUUUGAAAAGUGCAUUGUUUUCUUGUCCCCCCUCCUCCACUUUGAUGAAAUGUUACCCUUUGGUGGAUCUUUUGAUGUGAAUAGAUGUUUUCUAGGGUAAAAUUUAAGGACUAAUUUUAGACUUAAACACUCCACUUUUGUAAUGUGUUUUCAGUGGUCUUAUGCAUAGCAAGCACAACUGUAACUAGUUUAAGAGAAACGGUGCUUUCUUUUAGUUAAUUUGUAUUGCCCUUGUUACUGUUAAAGACUGUUUAUUAUGUUUACAGUUUGUUGCAACAGCCAUCUUCUUGGGAGAAAACUUGAGUGUAAAGCCAUUUGUAAAAGGCUUUGCCACACUCAUUUAAACAUGUGCCUGUUGCUGUUACCUUUCGAUGAAUAAAAACUGGUCUUUUCUCAUUUUUUAUCUUUGCACUUUACCUCACCACUCAAUCCUUUGGAAAUCACAUGCUGAAUUACUUAGGUGAUCAGUUAGCUGUUUCCUCUUCCAUUCAGUCGUGGGUAAUCUUGUGGUCUAAGCUAUGUGCAGACUGUCUUCUGGAAGUGUGUGAAUGAGCCUUGCUCUGCACCCUGCAGGUGUGACAAGGCCUGGCUCAGUUUGAUCAGUCUUGCCUGCUGUGGAUGGUUCUUCAUAGCAUUUGUUGGGAAUUGCCUAAGAAAUCACACCCUUGAAGGGGAUAAAAAAAAUACCAGUCAGUUGUGUUUAUAUUCUUGGCCUUUUUAAAGCAAUGUAAGAAAUAGCCACUUAAUUCUUUUUUGGGGACAGGGUCCUAGGCUCAGAUAGCCUGGCAACAAUAUAGACAGGCUGGCCUCAACUCACAGAUACCUCCUUGCUUUUGGGUAUUAGUAUUAAAGGUGUGUGCCACCAUCCCCAAUUAAGAGUGGCCUUUCUACCCUCCCAGACAGACCUAAUCCAUUAGAAGGGAUACAGUUCAGAUUUUAAGAUCAGGGAAAAAAAAAAAAUCAGUGUUGGCAAACCCAUUUGAAUGAUUUCCCAAUUUUCUACAAAAGCUAAAACUUUGGUAAUUCUAAUAUAUCCAAAAUAUUUUUAUUUUAGUAUACGGUAAUUUUUAAAGAUACAUUACCUUUUUUUUAAAGUGGGUUGCUAAGUCUCUGAAAUCCAGUGUGUGUUUUAAAAUUACAGCACAUCUCAAUUUAGACGAGCCUCAUUACAAGUGGCCCAUGCCCAUAUUCCCUCCUAUUAGACAGCAUGAGUACAGGAUAAUAGUCAUUACCCAAAGACAGCCACUGGCCUCUCCUAAAGUGACAACAUGUUGGCAUAUUUGACUUGUCUCGGGUCUGAUGAAAUUUCCUGCAAGCUAAUAUCACCUUAAACAAGUUCACACUAACUGAUACUGCAAAGAACAGUCUUGGUAUUUUAAUUUGCAAUGAGAAACAUACUUACCAAUCAUUUUCUCUCUCUUUAGGCAAAUCCCCUUCAGAAGCCAAAUUAGGGUCAGCUGGUUUACUCAGCAGGAAUUUUGAACAAGGGAUGCAAGUUUCCUAAAGUAUCCAUCUCCCUGUGGGGAUACCGAUAUCAUUCUUAGCUGUGGACUGGGUACCCCCGCCCCUGGAUGCUAGAGGUUCUAGGACACUAGUUGUUUCUCCACAUUAGCUUGAUUGAUUGGCAACUCCAUUAGAUCUGUUACUUCCUCCAGCCCUUCUUCAGUUGAGUUUGCCUGGGCAGGCACACUGCCUCUGGUUGUUUCCUUCUGCUCUGAUUAUACUUGUCUUCAAGUUUAAUAACACGGUUUAGCUUUUCUGUUUCAGCUUCUCAAAGGGUCCCCUUGGUGGUGCUCCCAAAUCCAUCAAUUUUGUUUUCUAUAGCUGUGUGGGAAUUACCUGCAGCCCCUGCUUCUUCCACCUAUUUUCCUUGAACAAUUGGUUUUUCUAGAAGAAUUUAAGGAAACAUUUGGGUCUCAUUUUUUAAAAACAAAUUCAGGGUAGUACACAAAAUUCAUGGAAUUUCAAGAUAUACUGAUACUUCAAGGAAUUUCUGAGCAUGUAACCACCAUUUGGGAGUCUGGACACACUGCUGAAGGGGAGUUGGGGGUUGGUAAGGGAAUCCCUGCCUUAGAGGUGAGAAGAAAGUUCCACAAGUCCUAUCGUAACAACAAAUCUGGUCAUUAACAUUGUAUCCUAAACAUAACAGUUUGCAAUGGGCUUCUUUGUAUUAAAAAAAAGCAAACAUGGGAAAAAAAAAUAUCCUGGACCUGAGGUAUAAGUUAGAGGUGCUAGUAAUUCCUUCACAGCUCUGAAAAUGGUAUUUUUCACAAAGCUUUUGUGAUGUUUGUUUCCUAUUUAAGACUUAAAAAUUGCCACAAGCUUAUGUCUUCACGUCAGUAAUUGCUGGUUGAGACCACUAACUAAUGUAAUUCAUACUGCUUUUAAAGAGAUGUGCAAACUAGUUGCCACACCUUUGACAUGUUUUUGAAACAUAACUUUGAAACUACACACAUUCCCUACUAACAAAACUGCAUAGGAUCGAGAGGAUCCCCAAGAGUCUUCAGGAGAGAGAACCACCACUGUGGGGCAACGUGAACUGACAGAAACAAAAGGUCUCUUAUGUUCUUCAGUGUGCAAGGAAUAGGGCAGAUGUAAAUUCGGCCAUCAGUAAACAAAUUACUGUGGAGUUCCUAUGUACCCUUUAGCUGUCACGUUAUUGUUAAGAAAUUUACUCAAGUGUUUCAGAAAUGCUGAAGUUGUAUAGUAAAUAAUGUUUCCUGAUGUAUUCACUUGGUGUUCAAUUUUUAGAGAACAUUAAAAAUUACAAGCCAGGGUCUCUGUUCAAAUUGUCUUGGUGAAGGAAAAAUGUACAAAGUGCUUGUGAUUAGUUUUCAGAACUGACUAGGAGGGGUAAUGCUGGGAUAAUGUUUGAGAGACUAGUUUAAUAAGGAAACUAAUACCAUUUGCCUAAGUCAAUAGUCAUUCGAAUUUGAUUAUACAGUUUCAAGUAUUAAAAAUGAUACUUUGAGUAUCAAAAUUUUAAACCUUUGUGUCUAAGUUUUCUAAGUUAUCCUGGAAUCCAUCUUUAGAAUCUGGUAGGAUAGAAGGGGAAAGACAAACUCUGUUAUUUUCAAUAUUUAGCUUCUUGUUGGCUGUUAACUUAAAAAUUGAAACCUGUUGACUUAGUCAUUUGUGGCUUUCAGCUUGUACUUUAAGUUUUGUGUGUGUGUGUGUGUGUGUGUGUGUGUGUGUGUGUGUGUGUAGCAAAUCUGAAGUAUUCAUUGUUUGGACAUGUCUUGUAAAAAAUUUCAGGAAACUGUAAUAGUAUCAAAGUUUUAUAUCUUUCUUAUCUACAAUUUGUUUUUAAAAAAUAUAAAGUUUUCAAGGAAACAUCAAA